GGGCCGGCUGGCGGCAUGGCUGGGACCUCCGCGCCGGGCAGGAGGCGGAGCGGGCCCGCAGCCCCUCGCCCCAGCCCACUGCCCUCCACUGGGCACCCCCCAAGCAAGCGAGCCCGGGGUUUUCCUGAGGCCGCCGCCCCGGACCCUGAAGACCCGUUCGGCGAGCACGGAGACUUCACCGCUGACGACCUGGAGGAGCUCGACAUCCUCGCGUCACAGGCCCUGAGCCAAUGCCCGGCCGCGGCCCGGGACGUGUCCAGUAUUCAUAAAGUUCCCAGGUUAGAUGGGAUGUCAAAAACUCCAGCAGGGAAAAACAGAGAAAGUGUACCUGCUAAAGAUAAUUUUGAGUUAGAAAUACUUCAAGCGCAAUACAAAGAACUAAAAGAAAAGCUGAAGGCGAUGGAAGAAAAAGUCCUCAUUAAGAAUGGAGAAAUUAAAAUUUUGCGAGACUCGCUGCAUCGGACAGAAUCUAUUCUAGAGGAGCAGAGAAGAUCCCACUUCCUUCUUGAGCAGGAGAAAACCCAAGCCCUCAGUGACAAAGAAAAGGAAUUCUCCAAGAAGCUCCAGUCAUUACAGUCGGAGCUCCAGUUUAAAGAUGCCGAGAUGAAUGAAUUAAGGACAAAACUUCAGAGCAGUGAACGAGUAAACAGGCUGGCUUCUCCCUCCAUCGCCCAUGUCAGUCCUAGGAAAAGCCCUUCUGUGGUUAUUAAACAAGAAGCAUGCUCACCACAAUUUGGAAAAACAUCUUUCCCUACAAAGGAAUCUUUUAGUGCUAACAUGUCCCUUCUCCAACCCUGCCAGACAGAAGCAGGGCCCAAGUCUCUGGUGAGCAGAGAGGUUUACACAGAAAGUAAGAGCCACAAUGUGAGCAGUGACUCCAUGAGGCAAGACGAAGCCCGGAAAAGUCUGACUGACUGCUGGAUGCAGAGACCAAACCCUCCAGGUUCCAUUUUGAUAAACUUGCUCCUGAAGCAGCCAUUGGUCCCUGGGUCACCUCUCAGUCUCUGCCACCUUCUGAGCAACUGUGCUGAGGGUCCUACUGGCUCCCUCUUACAGCCUCCAGGGUUUGGCAGUAUCUUGGCUGGGAUUUCUGGUCUCCGGACCUCAGGUUCUCACGAUGGAUCACUUUCCCUCUCGGCCCUGAGAGAAGCACAGAGCCUGGCAUUCACUGGACUGAACCUGGUUGCCAGGAAUGAAGGCUCCCCUGACGGAGACCCAGCAGAGGGAGGCAGAAGGACCUUCCCACUGUGCCAGCUUCCGGGAGCCGUGCAUCUCCUUCCCCUUGUGCAGUUCUUCAUUGGCUUACACUGCCACGCUCUGCAGGACUUGGCAGCAGCUAAGCGAAGCGGAGCACCUGGGAACUCGCCAACACACGCCCCCCGCUUGAGCUCUAGGUUGGAGGCCAGCCAUGAGGACUCAGUUUGCACCCUGGAAGGCUUCUCUGUGGCCUCGCUUAGCGUUCUUCAGCACCUGGUGUGCCACAGUGGGGCAGUUGUCUGCCUCCUACUGUCAGGAGUGGGGGUGGACCCUGCUGCUGGGGAAGGCGGCACGAGCCUGGUGCACGGACACAGUCACGGUGAUGCGCCCCCAGCCCCAAGGGCAGUUGCCGAUGACCAAGGACAGCAUCCACUGCUGAAGAUGCUGCUUCACCUGCUGGCGCUCUCCUCUGCAGCAACAGGUCGCCUUCAGACAACGGUCCUAAGCCAGUGCCUUAAGGUUUUGGUGAAAUUAGCUGAAAAUGCUUCUUCGGAUUUCUUGCCCAGGUUCCAGUGUGUGUUACGGGUGCUGCCGCAGUGCCUCAGCCCUGAGACACCCCUGCCCAGUGUGCUGCUGACCGUCAAACUGCUCUCCCUCCUAGUGGAUGACAACACGCUUGCUCCUCAGCUCUGUUCCCACUCAGAAGGCUGCCUCCUGCUGCUGCUCUACAUGUACAUCACAUCAAGGCCUGACGGCACGGCCUCGGAGGCUCAGUGGCUUCAGCUGGAACAAGAGGCAGUGUGGCUCCUGGCUAAGCUCGGUGUACAGAGCCUCUCCCCGCCGGUCACUGGGUCUGACUGCCAGUGCAGCGUGGAGGUGGUCAGAGCUCUGACGGUGAUGCUGCACAGACAGUGGCUGACGCUACGGAGAGCAGGAACUGCUCCAGGGCCCGCCCAGCAGGGGCGGGCAGUGCGCUGUCUGCGGGACACGGUGCUGCUGCUGCACAGCCUGUCGCAGAAGGACAAGCUCUUCACCGUGCACUGCGUGGAGGUCCUGCACCAAUACGACCAGGUGAUGCCAGGGGUCAGCACGCUCCUCCGCGGGCUCCCCGACGUGACCGACUGUGAAGAGGCAGCCCUGGAUGACCUGUGUGCCACGGAGACUGACAUGGAAGACCCUGAGGCAGACUGACGCAGAACCCAUCGAGCCACAUGGUGGC